CGCCUGCACGACAUACAACCCGACAUCGAAUUUGUUCGUAGAGAAUGACUAUUGGAUCGUGCAUUUCCGUCCAAUGCAGAUGAAGUAGUUCCACGAUCUUUCCAUCAGCUCGACCGUCUUCGCCCUCCUUGCCACAGGCGUCCCACUUUGGGUUUGCGAUAUCAUGGCGACAAAGCGAUCUCACGCGGCAAUUGAUGCCAAAUUGGAGGAUGACGAUCCUGUCGAUCCCUCAGACGAACUCAUGUUCCUUGCGCUAGGAGGAGGGAAUGAGGUCGGGCGAUCUUGUCACAUCAUUCAAUACAAGGGGAAGACUGUCAUGCUUGAUGCCGGCAUCCAUCCAUCAUACGAAGGUCUCGGCUCUUUGCCGUACUAUGAUGAAUUCGAUCUCAGCACGGUCGAUCUUCUUCUCAUCUCACAUUUUCAUCAGGACCAUUCCGCUUCUCUCCCCUAUGUGCUAUCCAAGACCAACUUCGCCGGUCGUGUAUACAUGACCCAUCCGACCAAAGCCAUUUACAAAUGGACCACCCAAGACGCAGUACGAGUCCACAACACACACACCUCAUCUUCUUCAACUUCCGGCACCGAUGGAUACGUCAGCCAAUUAUACACUGAGCAAGACAUGCUUUCUACAUUGCCGAUGAUCCAAACCAUUUCAUUUCAUACGACUCAUUCACACAACGGCAUUCGGUUCACGCCCUACCCGGCAGGUCAUGUUUUAGGUGCAUGCAUGUACCUUAUUCAGAUCGCUGGAUUGAACAUCCUCUUCACUGGAGACUACAGCCGCGAGACCGAUCGACAUCUUGUACCAGCCGCUGUUCCCAGCAACAUUCGAAUAGACUGCUUGAUCACGGAAUCCACCUUUGGCAUCAGCACAAGAACACCCCGUCAGGAGCGCGAGAAUGCUCUGUUGAAGUCUGUCACCGGCAUUCUCAAUCGCGGAGGACGCGUGCUCAUGCCGACCACAGCCGUCGGCAACACACAGGAGCUCCUGCUCAUUCUAGAAGACUAUUGGCAACGUCAUGAGGAAUAUCGGCGUUUUCCCAUCUACUACGCCAGUGGCCUGGCUCGGAAGGUCAUGGUCGUUUACCAAACAUAUGUGGAUGAUAUGAACGACAGUAUCCGAGCCAAGUUCCAGGCUGCGAGUGCAGCUGGCGAAGGUGGUACUGCCGGUCCUUGGGAUUUCCAAUACGUCCGUGCACUAAAAGGUGUCGACAGAUUUGAAGAUGUUGGAGGAAGUGUCGUCUUGGCUAGUCCGGGCAUGCUGCAAAAUGGGCCUUCCCGUGCAUUACUGGAGCGAUGGGCUCCUGACGCGAAGAACGGAGUGGUCAUUACCGGUUACAGUGUUGAAGGUACCAUGGCUAAGCAGCUUCUCAAUUCCGACCUCGAUGCUAUUCCAGCCGUAACUUCAAAUCGGUCGGCUGGCAUGACUCUCGGGAAGAGGGCGGGCUUGAACGACGGCGAGAAACAAAUGAUUCCAAGAAGAUGUACGGUGGAAGAAUUCAACUUCGCAGUGCACGUCGAUGGGCAGGAGAAUCGACAGUUCAUCGAGGAGGUCAACGCACCUGUCGUCAUUCUAGUUCACGGCGAGCGAAAUCUAAUGCGAGGUCUCAAGAGUCGACUGCUCGGGUUGGGUAAAUUCAAAGUAUACACACCGGCAAACUGUGAAGAGGUCAGGAUACCGUUCCGCCAAGAGAAGAUCGCUCGUGUGGUCGGACGGCUCGCAAGUCAGAUCAGUCCACCGGUACUGAUGCCCAGCCCACCUGCAUCUAGCGAUGAUGACGAAGAAAUGGGCGACGAAGCGAGCGGCGAGAAGAAAAAAGCCAAGUCCAGCAACGCCGGCCAGAUCAUCAGUGGAGUCCUUGUACAAAGCGAUUUCAAAUUGAGCUUAAUGGCACCCGAGGACCUCCACGAGUACGCCGGCCUCACAACGACCACGAUCAUCUGCCGACAGCGCAUCACUCUCGGCGCAGCCGGAAUUGAUCUCAUCAAAUGGGCGCUGGAGGGCACGUUCGGCACCGUCGAUGUUUCGUCACCGGAAGAGAAGAAGAAAGGAACCAACGGCGAAGUCAAGCCCGAGGAAGCCGACGAGGAGCUCGUGCGACACACCGACACCAUCUUCGAAGUCAUGGGCGGAGCCGUCAGCGUCAUCUGCAAAGAACAAGGCGAGGUGGAGCUACGAUGGCAAGGCAACAUGACAAACGACAGCAUCGCCGAUGCCGUGAUGGCGGUCCUCCUCACGGUGGAGAGUUCCCCUGCUGCAGUCAAGCAGAGCAGUCAGAAGCACUCCCACGACCACAGCCACAACCAUUUCGGCGACGACGACGACGAAGACGAAGGCGCCAUCGAUGAAGAUUCCGAGAAAGCAGAUCACGCGAACGGCGGCAUGACCAAUGGCAAGAAUGUCUCCUCGCAGCCAUCCCACCCUCUCGCCAACCUCCGUCCCCAAGAAAAGCUCUCCCGACUGUUCAUGUUCCUCGAAUCGCAAUUCGGCGAAGAAAGCAUCACGCCCAUCGCUCUCCCCAGACCUCCCGCGAGUGCCUCCGACGCUACAGAUAUGGACGUCGACCUCGAUCUCGAGAAGUACCAAGCCCAAGAGCUCGCGCGAUUGCACGCGCAGGGCAUCCCUGUACCAGGGCUACUGGUCAAGCUCGACAAGCAUGAGAUCAAGGUGUGGUUGGAGAAGUUGGAGGUCGAGUGUGCGAAUAAGACGGUGGGAGAUAGGGUCAGGGCGGUGGUGGAGAGGGCGGUGGGGAUUGUGGCGCCGCUCUGGGCAUGAUGGGAGAGGCUUGAAGAUAGCUAAGGACGGGGGGGAAGCAGAGAGCCUGGUGGAGGACAAACUCAGGUGUGGUGGCCCUCGUAUGUAGGUAUGUAUGUAUAGUUGCGCAUGAAAAUGUGGUCAAUGUUCUUGAACUUUUUUUCUUGGACAUUUAGUGGUAAUUUGGUAAGACGUCUUCAGAGAUCCGUCCACGUUGUACCCUACUCUCAUGAAGAACGAUCAAACUUUCCAUUGUCGAUAAUAGAUACUCUCGCAAAAUAC